ACAAAGAACUCAAAUCCGGUGGUGUUUAAAAUUUGUAUUUAAAAUAUUGAAACGUUCAGUGUGAAAGUCAACGUUUUCAUUUCUAUCUUCCACAAUUAAAAAUGAAGAAUUAUUCACUGAUUUUCUCAUUGGUGAUUUUUGGAACAAUUAAUCCGGUAUAUACGGCUUCAUUUGCAAAUGUGUCUUCACUUUACGACGAUCUUAUAAGCAGAAGUUACAAAUAUAUCCGUCCAGAAACAGACCUUAAUACGGCCACAUCUGUUGGAUUCAAAUUCUAUCUCACAAACCUUCAAGAUUUAGAUGAAAAUACAGGACUAUUUUCUGUCGCAGGAUUUUUUAAUGUCAACUGGAGAGAUAACAAUCUUAUCUGGAAUCGGAAUUCGUACGGGGGUGGUGACACGAAAAUGAAAAUACCCACAAAACACAUAUGGACCCCACAUCUUAUUUUAGGAAAUCCGUACAAAGAAGGAGUUGUUAUUUCUUUGGAAGAUUCAACGGUAUCUCUUUAUGAAGAUGGCGAUGCUACCUGGAGCCCAGCAGACAAUUUUCAGAUGGCAUGUGACGCCGACGUGUCUUAUUUUCCCUAUGAUUCUCAGACAUGUCAAAUGAUGGUGAUUCCGUGGCAAUACGACGCAAAUGAAAUUCGCAUACUUAUUCAAUCUAACACAGUUGACACAACCUACUACAGCGAGAACCCACAAUGGGAUUAUGUUUCCUCUACGUUAUAUAAUGGAAGCAGUGUCAAUGCCUUGUACAUUUCAAUGACUUUCAAAAGAAAACCAACAUUUUUCAUGAUCAAUGUAAUAUUUCCAAUCAUUCUACUUGGAAUUUUGAACCUUUUUGUGUUUGCUCUACCGGCCGAUUCAGGGGAGCGUGUUGGUUUUAGUAUAACCCUUUUAUUGUCAAUUGCCGUUUUUAUGACGAUCGUUGCUGAUUCGUUACCAUCGACAUCAUCACCACGAUUAUCGUCAGUCGGAAUAAAACUCGUCGUCGAUUUGACCAUAAGUUCGCUGAUUGUGGUUUGCACCAUUUUAGGUCUUGUCAUUCACCAUAGAGAUGACGCAAAGCCAGUCACAUCGAUGUGGCGACGUCUUGUUAAAGCAUGUCGACCCUGUAAAAAGCGUCAAAACAAUGGGAUUCAAGUUGGACAUGCCGAAGGUGUAAAGGACACAGAAAAACUCGGUAUUCCUAAUGAUGAUAAGGAUGACGUUUCUUGGAAAGAUGUCAGUAGAUUUUUGGACAAAUGUUUUAUUGUAAUAUUCAGUGUAGUUUUAUUCCUUGCUAACCUCAGUUUCUUUAUGGACAUCGUUGCUGGGGUAAACUGACCAAGUCUACAGUACAAUUGUGUUCUGAAGCUAAUAUCAAUUAUAGAGUAAGCGAACGUCAUAAAUAAAUUAUGAAGAGACACAACAUGAAUAUGUUAAAAGGAGAAGGAAAGGAAUCUCAUUCAAGCCUUAAUUUUGUCAAAGAUUAAUUAUUGUGAUAAAAAAAAAACAUAAAUAGAAAAAGAAAAAACAAUCUUUCUUUUUUAAAAUAUCAAAAAGUUUCAUUUAUAUAUUAUGCUUUAUCAACACAAGGAAUAAGUUCAAAUAUUGAUUUAAUCAUUUUAAAAUGUUCACUAAUAAAAUAUCGUUAUAAUUUCUUGUAUCCUUCUUGACUUUCAUCUUUAAAACAUCUUAUACGUUCAGGCAUUUCACAUCCAAUCUUUUAUGGUAAUAUUUUUUACAAAGCACAAAAAUGUCAGUAUUAACCUCAAAAGCUUACAAAACCUUUAAACAUAUUUAUAGCUACGAUACUGUUGCCAGGUCAUUAAAGAUUGCAUAUUUUGGCUUUAAUAUUGAUUCACCUAUAGGG